AUGUCGUUGUCGGUGGAACUUCCCACGGCGGUAUCUCAUGCCUAUCGUUCGGGCGAUACGGUAUGCGGCACGGUCACCCUUGGCGUCGACCAUGGAGGCAUGAUCGAAUCUGUGGCUAUCAUCUUGUCCGGUUGCACAAGCACCAAUGCGUGCCCUGUAUCUGGAAACAUCGCAUCCAGGCCGACAGCAUCUCAAUCCAAAUGUCUUCUCUUUCGUCAGCACAUUCUGCUGCGAGGUCCAGGUUGGUGCCAGAAGGGCACAUCAGCUUGGCCAUUCACGUUCACGAUACCGCAACACAGCUCGUUCGAGCUGGCGGAAGACUCCAAUCCGCAUCCCACUGGAAAUUCGCCCUGGAGGUCGGCUUGGGAUGCCGAGAGCUAUCCCCUUCCGCCGAGCAUGAGAUAUAUCGGAAGCUUUAGCUGCUCAGUCGAGUAUACGUUGUUGGCUCGCGUCAUUCGCCCACCUCAGGCGCAUCUUUUCGGCAACGAAGACCUGACUGUUCGCCUCCCGAUCCGAUUCCGUCCCCAAGCACCCCUGGGCUCGUCACUUCCGCCCGCAGCACUUGAAGAAGCGUCCGUGUUCUAUCUCAAGAUCCCACUCAAGCAAAGACAGUCAGCUGCAAUGAAGAUCAUGGGGGGGCGAGGUCAUACAGACAAAGCAGUUCUGGAAGAUCGCCGUUCUGAGGAUGUCGUAGUCUUCGGUGUCAACGUACCAGUGAGACUAAACGUGCGGAAUUGGGCGGCGAAUAUAGUGUCAGUCUUCGCCACUAGCACCAUCCCAUCACCAGAAAAGCAGCAACUCUUCGUGAAGAACUAUCGUCUGCAACUCAUGAUUCAUACCAAAGUCCGCGCAGGAGGACUCCCAUACUCGAAAGUAGACACGAUAGUGCUUGCAGAAGGAAGUCUGGCAGUUCCUGUCAAGGCAGAGCACAGAUGCGUCACCGAUGCCAACGACGGUCUGCACCACAGCACGGACAGUCCGACAGCGAUAUCGUUCCUGAAUGUGCACCGAGAAGUCCGAGACUUGCCACCAGAGUUCUCCUCAUCCAGUAUCUUCAGAGCCUACACCUUGAGCUUCAGAUCGCAGCUCCGCUUCGGCGACAUCAAAUCGACCUUUGACCAAAGCCAGAUUCCUAUCAGCCUGGUGGACGGAGAGGACCGAGAACGAAGACCCUCUCUGAUGACCGUCGAUCCACACGAAGCACCUCCAUCAUAUGAAGGAAGAUCGCAUUGA